AUGCAAUACGUCGGAAGAGUGGGAGACUACGUCUACAACCAGUGGAACUCCCUAAAUCCGGCCACGCUUUCGGGCGCUAUUGACAUCAUUGUCAUUGAGCAACCGGACGGCACGUUCCACUGUUCCCCAUGGCAUGUUCGCUUUGGCAAGUUUCAGAUCAUCAAACCGCUGCAGAAGAAGAUUGAUCUAUAUGUCAAUGACAUCAAGACAGACUUGCCGAUGAAGUUGGGCGAAGGAGGUGAAGCUUUCUUUGUCUUUGCCACCGAUUCUGAAGACUUGUCUCAGCUGGUAGUCACAUCCCCCGUCAUUUCAGCUGCACUGUCUCCUUCCGGCUCGCCUCGUUCAUCCCCUCCUGGCUCUCCUGGGGCCUCUCUGAUUGAUUUAAAUAAAAGUGAACCUGAGGUAUUGGAUCUUAAUGCUUCGGGAGAUAUUGAGCUGAAGAUCGCUCUUGACAAAAGUACCCCACCCCCUAAGAGCGCUGGCUCACGAAGCGAAACGCCAACGCUGAUUCUGCGGAUGGCUUUCGAGAAAGCAAAGAAGAUCACUCAAAAACUCAACAUUCCCUCAAAGAUUGACAUCAAUGGUGACAUGGUUCUAGACAUGGACGGUUAUAAACCCAACUCGCAGAAGAAUAUAGAUGAGUCUGAUGAGCUCGUCCAGCAAGUGUUCUUACGUGAAAUGAACAAUUUACUCAAUGGCAAAGAAUUCCCAAUUAGCGACGAGACUGACGCUAGCGAAUUCGGCCUUCUAGAAGGCGUGGUCUGCAAGGACGAAGAUGGCAAGAUCAGAAUUAUCAACAAAGAGGGUGAAGAGGCAGCAGAAGGUGAUCUCAUGAAUACUGAUAAUCUCUCUCUUCUGAGCGAAGAAACUGCCGGCGCCCCAAUCACUCACACUCCCAGCGACUUGAUCGACCACAAGUACCAUGAUCAAACCUAUUUCAAGACCUUGCGUUUGACUUCUGAACAAUUGCGCAUGAUGAAGCUUAACUACGGUCGGAACAAACUUCGGUUCAAACUCAACCAAGGCAAUUCGCAAGUUGUGUCAGACUUGUACCUUUGGAAAUCCACGACACCAAUUGUCAUAUCCGAUAUCGACGGUACAAUCACGAAAUCGGACGCCCUUGGCCACGUUUUGAACAUGAUUGGUAGAGAUUGGACUCAUCCUGGUGUUGCCAAUUUGUUCCAAGACAUUGCCCAUAAUGGUUACAACAUUGUCUACUUGACUGCAAGAUCGGUGGGCCAAGCAGACACAACUCGUCAGUACCUAGACAGUAUUAACCAGGACGGCAUGAAACUUCCAAAGGGCCCGGUGAUUCUCAGUCCAGACAGAACGAUGGCGGCAUUGAGACGAGAAAUCAUUCUCAAAAAACCAGAGGUUUUCAAAAUGGCAUGUUUGAGAGAUAUAAGCAGCUUAUAUUUCAGCAAAAGUGGGACAUCUGAAAGCGUUGAUGAAGCUGACCAGAGAACACCAUUCUAUGCUGGCUUUGGUAACAGGAUCACCGAUGCAAUCAGUUAUAGAAGUGUCCGAAUCCCCUCGCAUCGUAUCUUCACCAUCAAUCCUUAUGGUGAAGUUCAUAUGGAGUUGUUAGAGCUUGCUGGUUAUAGAUCCUCCUACUUACGCAUUGGAGAGCUUGUUGAUCAGUUCUUCCCUCCUUUGAAGCUCAUCAGUGAAGUGAGUCCCUACUGGAACGAGGAUCAGUUCAACCAAUACAUCCACUCCAAAGACGAUGCGGAUAAUGCAAACUCCCCAGGUUCUCCUAGAAGCAUUUCCAGCUACAACGAAGUGGUGAAGCCAGAUGAGAAGUUCACAGAUCUCAAUUACUGGAGAGAACCGUUAGCAAAUCUAAGCGAUUUCAGCGACUUGGAAGAUGACGAGGCGGAACCUCAGUCAAUGAAAUCAGGUCCAAGCCUGCCUAAACUUGGCUCGGUGCCUCCACCUGGUCUGCCAGACUUGUACUCUGUGAGAUCUUUGGAUAUCGAGAGAAGCAAGACUGAAGCACUGUCACCUGAGAAACAAAGACCCAUGUCGGCGUCCUUCACGUCACCGCUCAAGAGUUUCAUGAUGUUUAACAGCGGAGACAAGUCAGAGAAAAAGAAGGAUGAAGACGAGGAGGACGACUUUACUGAUGAUGACUACGACGACGACUAUACUGACGAUUAUGAAGACGACGAUGACGAUGACGAGGAGUUUGUCGAUGGUGAGGAUGACGAAGCUGACGGCGACGAUUACGAUGAGGCAGACGGGGACGUCGACGAAGAAGAUGAAGAUGUUGACGACGAGGACAUUGAUCUCGACGAUGGCUUGACGCCGUCGGGACACUCCUCUGUAGUUCAGCCCCACCUGCAGAAACUCAAGGCCGGCCAGCGGGCAAGGCAAACAGACGAGGACGUCAAAGUAAUGACUGCUCGCCAAAUGCUUAACAACAUGGACCUCGGCUCAGAGUCCAAAAACCAGCCCAACUCAAUCCCACUUGAUAUAUCCGCAGUUCCCGACUUUGUGAACGAUACUCCAAGUCUUAGAGACAAUCCCAACUACAUAUAUGAACAUGUCGAGAAGCAUAGACCAGAGAGUAAUCCAGUGAAAAAAGAGGUUUUCCACAAGCAUCCGUUCCAGAUAUACGACGCUUCCCAUGAUAUCAACAUGGAUUUGCAUCGGUGUGAACAGCUCCAGAAUAACGUGUCCACCGAGGUCAGCGAACCCACCAACUUGCACACGCCAUUAUGUGACAUUGUGCUGAGACUCAUUCGGACCAUUGACCGUGGUGACGAUGAGUAUAUCAACGAGAUGGCGCCAUAUUUCGACCUGCAAAUUCGUUUGCAACUCAUGUACCAAAUAUGCCACCGCCACUGGUUUCGGUUGGCUGGAUCAUCAGUCUACCUAGAACAGUAUGGCUAUCAUCUCAUGGUGUCUCGUUUGGCUUAUUCUCCUGAUGGAAGCCGUGGCGAUCCAAAGUUUUCCUUUGCAUAUGCCCAGUUAUAUGAUGAGAACUGGCAGGAGGUGAGAGAUAUCAGUCUUGUGAUACCUACAAAUAAUGAAGCUGCCGGGUUCUUUGUCCAACAACAGGGCUACACUGUAGCCCACUAUCCCCUGCUCAUCCCUGUACCUAUGUUCCAUAAGUAUAAGGACCCUGGCAUGCGGUAUCUAGGCCCUGAGGACCCAAGAUUGAUCCUUGUGAAGAACAAGAACGGUUACGAGGAGCCUAUGAUGGUGUUCAACAUGCAGCAUCAGAAGUAUGCUUUUGCCGAUGAUGAUGAAGAUGAGCUACUUUUGAAGAAACCAGGAGGUUACCGUUCCAUGUGGGUCAGCUACCCUUGGCAAUUCCAAAAAGGCAAACAGAAUGUUGAUGAGAUAAUGGAAUCUCCUACAGACAAUUCAACAUACACCAAGUCAGUUGAGUUGCGCAUAAAGAACAUGCCUCGUCAAGAAAAGCAGAAGAAUUGGACGCCCAUGACUAGUGAUGCGGACCGCCAGGAACACGGUUACGAUAAGACAAUGCUUUUUGUCUAUCGUUGGGCAAGUAUGCAAGUUCUUAAAUGUGAUCUUGAAACAGGCAAAUGUGGAUUCAUAUUCCAGCAGAAUGAAAACCUCAAAACCUCAUCGUCCAUUGGUCCUUUCCGAGGAGGUACACAAAUGGCCAACAUUCGCCAUGUUCUAAAAGCACAAAAACAAGACUCUUCGAUACUUCAAAGUAUCAUUCCACCUGGUCGAGAUAUCUGGGUUGGCUUUGCAAGAGCACAUUUAGUGAGGUGUGGUUGUGGAAAUGACCUCUAUAGACCCAACCUAGUGGUCGUCGUCAAGGAUACGAUUGAAGUUGAUGGAAAACCUCAAGAAGUGUUCAAGAUGAGUCAUGUCUCCUCAUUCGUAUCACUCAACAUUGAGAUUGUUCCUUGGGAUCCCCUGAAACCUUACAAACUAUGCUCCGGUACCAACGCCCUAAUUCCGAAUGGCCUUUCCAACUGGCGAGUCUUUACUUCCCCAAACAAGCAAGGCAUGAAUGUUUAUGACUUCCAGGAUGAGCUCGUUCUUGCGGUUUCUGUCUCUGAUACCACGGUUUAUAAGGUGAACAUACGAGGACUACUAAAAACACUCGUUACUGAUGAUUCACUCUUCCUACCUGCUGGCUCAGCAGAAAAAGCUCUAGAUAAGAAAAAGUUGUUGAUUCCGUCAGAGCUGCAGUUCAAGGCAGGGAAGAUGCCAAGUUACAAUAACGAUAAUCUUGUCUGUGCCAUGCUUGCAUCCGUGAAGUUCUGCUCGGACUACGGUAAAGAGAAGUUGGCGAUAGAAAAGGAUCACAUUCUUGAUACCAUCUUUUUGGGCAACACUGAUGAGGAGGAUGCAAGAAUGGACAAUUAUCAUGAUCAUUUAGAGGAGCUAGGACUAGAACUUGUAUAA